AAGCGUUUCCCAGUGCUUUGUCCCACGAGAAGGAAGAGCGCAGCUAGCUGCGGUACGGGACGUUGUCUGUGCUCCGGGCCGGCGCGUUAUGCAGGAGGGAUGGAGACCUCAGAGGAGGAGAACUUUGGUGUAGCCGUCUCCUCCCCAUCUGAUGCAGAGUUUGACGCUGUCGUUGGGUACCUGGAGGAUAUCAUCAUGGAUGAUGACUUCCAGUCCAUACAGAGGACUUUUAUGGAGAAGCACUACCAGGAGUUCGAUGACUCAGAAGAAAACAAGCUCAUCUACACUUCUAUUUUUAAUGAAUAUAUCUCCUUAAUAGAGAAAUACAUUGAAGAGAAAUUGCUCGAUCGGAUUCCUGGUUUUAAUAUGACUGCUUUCACAAUGUCUUUGCAACAGCACAAAGAUGAAAUGGCAGGCGAUAUUUUUGAUAUGCUCCUCACGUUUACUGACUUCCUGGCUUUCAAGGAGAUGUUCUUGGAUUACAGAGCUGAAAAAGAAGGUCGGAGUCUGGAUUUAAGUGGUGGAUUAGUGGUGACAUCACUAAACAAAUCAUCAGUCUCCUCCUCCUAGAACAGUUGGUGCACUGCUUUCCUUCUCCAGAUGAGUGCUACUGCUGUCAUUGGGACAUUAAAACACAAAAGGUCACGAGAAUCAAGGUGCUUUUAUGUGAUGAAAACUCUCUCUCAGACUAUGCCUUCAGAUUCCUGAAACUUGCUGGUAUUCAACGGCCACAGAAGAAGAAAACUUUAGUCCUCCUGGAGUAAUUGUAUUUUAAAUACACAGUAUUUGCACACCAUUCUAACUGUUACAGAGAAACUCAGUGUGCUGAGAGGACAAUAAAUAGACUGUAUGUGUUUUUAGGGGGUUGGCAUCUCAGCCAACGCCCCAGAAGGCAGAACUUUAAAGAAUCAAGAAGGCACUGCAAAAAGAGUGUCUGUCCAGCUCUCGGUCAGGUCUGAAUACAUACAUGCCUUUUUAAUCUGUAAUCUGAUAUUACACCUUUGUAACAGAAGCAUAUGUUUCCAUAUGUAGGUAUUUUAGCCUGAGGCUGCCUGUCUACUUGAUGAGGAUUGAUGUGUUAGUGUGCAAAUCUGUCUGCUCAUUGGCUUAGGUCAGUCUCAUCCUUAAGGUGCAAAGUUCUGAUUUGCUUUGAUUCAGGCCCCAGCUGUUCUACGCUGAGAAAAUAACUGAAAAAUCCAAAGCUGGACUACAUAUGCAGUUUCUUUCUGUUUGGCAGUGGCACAGAUGUAAGCUCGAGGGUACGUUGGGCACAGACCUGUUCACCACCGUGUCAUUUACUGCUCUAAAUAGCAUGCUGUACAAAAUGUGUGUUUGCUUUUAGCUGUAGGCAGUGUUAGUGAAGCAGCACGAGUGCUUGUAGUGGGGCUGUAGCCAUAAGCCUGCCACCAAACCCCAGCUGCUUCUGUCUUGACAGUUGGAAUUCAAACGUAUUUGGAGCCAUAGUGACCCUCUGCUCUAAUGCUGUCAGAUGUGUUAAUCUGCUGCUUAAUGACAUGCUCAGGCAAUACGUGUCUAAAAGCGUGAGAGCAGACAGAAGCAGGCUGCUGAUGCUGCAGAGCACUGAGUUUUCCCUGCCAGUGCAGCCAGUAGCUGUCACCCAGUGAGGACCUGGGCAGAGCAAAAGUACAGCCUGCUUUGCAGGGGGAAAGCCGCCUACCAGGACAAAGGAGGUGAAAUCCUGCUGCUGUUGGCUUCUGCCAGUCAUCUCAGCAGUGCUAGCGUUUGAUUGCUGAAAUGAAGUAGUUUAUUUGAGCAGCAGUGAGGACUCUGGGCCAUGCAGGCUUCUCCCUCAAGCAUGGUCAGCAUGCAGGGGUGGGAAGCAAACAGGGCGAUGCUCUGAGGUGGCUGUUACCAGAGGAAAACAGUAAGAACGUUGGGUAAUAGCUGCAUCUUGUUUGGAUUAGAGCUAUGUUCCCUUUUGAAUCCUGAGGUUAAAACUGGAGGUAUUGAAGACCUCAGGCUGCCAUUUAUACAUGGACAGGAGCUCUUUGGUUAACUCCUUCCCUCUGACUUUUUAAGGUUUUAUCAUAUUUUAAAAGAAAUUCCAUUGAAAUGUUUUAGUUGUGAAUUGUUGAGCUAAAUUAAUUCUUAACUAAAACCAGAAUUUCCCUUUUUAAUUUUAACUGGAACAAAAUCCUUACUCUCCUGUUGCAAUUGCUCUGGAUAAUUAUGUGAAGUCAUGGCAGUAUGAGUGGAUACCCAGACAGUUACUUCCCAGAGGGAGGUGGUUGUGUUUUAAGCAAAGCCUAUUGUAACUUCAGAGUCCAGGUGGGGCACACAGUGUUGGGUGAGUUCACAUUUGGAUGGGAUUUAUAUCUCCGUUUACUGUCUACCGAAGUCACCGUUUCACAGGGGCGUGGUUCCUCACUUCUUGCUGUUGAUAGAUCUGUGCUGUUUUGCUUUAUUAACUCACAAAUUCACUGUUGAGCAUUUUCAGUUGAAUUUAUUUUGUGAAAUAAUUCAAGUAGCGUGUUGACUAGAUGUACUGGUUUGGUUGUGAGGUGGGGAUGUGGUUGACCUCUGUCUUAUUUGGCUGUGAACAAUCUCCAUGGGAGCAUUCAUGCUCUUUGUAAGCACUUGGGCGUGCUGAUACCAACUCACAGUUAAGUUUUGUUGUUGCUCCUUUUUUUUUUUUUUCAUUUCAAUUUUAGACCAUGAGAAUUUGCACCAAGGCUCCCCUGGUUUGAGUGGAGCUGCCUGGAUCAAACGCUGCCUGCUCUGCCCUGGCUGUUUUCUGUGGUUUGGUGUUCCUGGGAUAAUUGGUUUCUCUGUGACACACUGGGACUGGGCUCCGGUUCGGUGCCUUUUCCACCAGGCAAAGGUCUUUUUUAAGAGAUUAAAUUUCUAUAUGCGCUG